CCUUGAUAAAUAUGCAGGGUUUCUUUGCCAGUUGUAAAGCUACUAGCUCAAAGCAGGCUGGGUGACCUCAGACGGCUCCGCAGGGACCGGAAGGUCACUGGAGCCACUAGUGAAAAUGAUGCUGUCACUACCAACUCAAAAGACCACCUAUCAAUGUGCCAUGUGCCACCCCCUGGAGCACACACAUAUACACACACACUCACACGUGUGUGCAUUUGUACACCUCCCCCAGGAGCUGCAGCCAAGACGGGCAUCCCACAUCAGGGAUGAAUGGCAGGUCUGUCCCGCCAGCUGUGAGCUCUCUCCCACCCCAAGAAAGCAGCAGACUCAGACGGCGGAGCCUAGAGGAGCCCACGCAGUCUGUUCCCGGCACCGGUGCAUGUGGAGGGAUUUGAGGGCAGCGAAAUGGAAUCAGAAAGAGAAAUCAUCGACCUUCAACCUGGGAGCUCUGACCCCAGGAGGAGCCAGCCCAUCAACCUGAACCACUACGCCACCAAGAAGAGUGUGGCGGAGAGCAUGCUGGACGUGGCCCUGUUCAUGUCCAACGCCAUGCGGCUGAAGGCGGUGCUGGAGCAGGGGCCAUCAUCUCACUACUAUGCCACCCUGGUCACCCUCAUCAGCCUCUCUCUGCUCCUGCAGGUGGUCAUCGGCAUACUGCUCGUGGUCAUUGCACGGCUGAACCUGAAUGAGGUGGAAAAGCAGUGGCAACUCAACCAUCUCAACAACGCAGCCACCGCCUUGAUCUUCCUCACUGUGGUCAUCAACGUUUUCAUUACAGCCUUCGGGGCACAAAAGACAGGGUUCCUGGCUGCCAGGGCCUCAAGGAGUCCUCUCUGAAUACCGCCUGGGAUCCAGGAACUGGGCUUGGAACUCCUUCUGCCUCCUUCCUCCCUGAUCUGCCGGGCUCAUGGGCACUUUCCACAGCCCAGGAGAGCUUCUGAAAGGACAGAGUAGCUGCCCUUGCUCCCUACCCACAGAGUUAAAACAUGAUUUUUUGUUACUGGUCUAAGUGGCUUCCAUCUUGGUCUGGAGCCUGAGCUCAGAUGCAGGUGCUGCCCGCCAUGCCUCCUGGCGGCAUCUCCUAGACCUAAGGUGGGCCUGUCUGUCUAAGGCCAAGUCUGCCCAGCUCAAGGACUCUGGUUCUGACUCUACCCUACUGCUUCCUUCUGCUCCAGGCCUGUUUUCCUUCCUGUAAAAUGGAAUCUAUUUCUAUAAAGGUUUCUUCAAGUCCA